AUGGAAGGUAGCGCUUCCGCGGCCGUGCCUUGCACUAGCUCAGCUACAACGGGGAACGCACGCUCCGUGGAGGACAACGUUGGUGACAGCGCUGAUGAGGAUGAGCAACUGGACUCGAUUUGCCAGCAGCUAGAUUUUGGGGACGACGACGAAGUUGAGAUCAAUGUGGGUGUAGAUCGCGGUGCUUUAGAGUUGGUGGAGGCUACCGUAGCGAAGUAUGUGUCGGUGGGGUUCUACGAUUCGCUACAGGGGGCGACCGUGGCACUACAGCAACACAACGAGUUUGAAUACACCUACAAAACUCGGUACACCUCCAAAAAUGUCACUGGGACUGAGUUCAAAUGUCGCUCGCAUGCUAUGUGCCCCAGCCCCCUCAAAAUUGUUGAGCGGAAACUUGGAGCUAACUUAGUUCGAUACGAGUUGUUGCAGAAGGGUGAGCACGGUGAUGCUUCUGUCUCGCGCACGCGGCAUGGUAUUGCAGCUGUUCACAAGUCUGAAAUUGACUCACUAUUGGAGUUAGGUAUGGGAGCAAGUCGAGUACGCAAUAUGUUGUUGCACAAAUAUCGACGCGAUCCUGACCUUUUGAAUUUGGUGCCUGAGGUUCGUAAGAUCGAGAAUAGAAAAGCGACUAUCAAGAAAAAUAUGGAGGAAGGCUGGGAUAUUGACGACUUCAACACAAUUGACAUCUGGGCACACUCGCGAUUGUGUCAAACCCGUGAAGUUUUCGACUCUGCCGACGAGUCAGACUUCGCAAAGAUGAACGAGUUGCUCGUGCUCGAGCGCUUCCAGCACAAUUUUGACGACAACGGAAAAACGAAAGCUUCGCUCGGCUUAAUCAUGACCUCGCGAGCGCUAUUUCGUAACGUGGCAAAAGCGACAACCUCUCAGAGAGGCAGUCUUGCGAUGUCGACGGACGGCACAUACCGAAUUCCAUUGUGGCAAUUGGACGUUGGUGGAUUGCGGUAG